AUGCAAGGGGUUUCCUGUUUUGGACAUGAUGAAGUCUUCAACGUAAAGCCUGGCUUUAAGUAUUGGGGAACCCGGCUUGAGGUGCUCUCUGGCUACAUAGACAAGAUGGGGAAGAUACAGACUGAUGCUGCAGCCCGAGAAGACAUUACCCGGACUCUGUUUACUUCCUGGGGCUCUUAUACUAAAAAAAUGACCAAGCACAAAUAUCAGAGAAGAAGGAAGUUGAGAGCCAGAAUGUUAUUCAAAAAGAGAAAAGUUUGUCCCCCUGAUCCCAUUCCACCUCUUUCUCCUCCUUCCUCUCCUUCAUCAUCUCCAACUCUAUCUCCACCUGAAAGGAUGAUAGAUGCCCCUCCUACAAAUAGAGGUUGUGGCCAAAUUUGGCCAACAUUAGCCUGGAGUGUCACAUUUUCCAGUGUGAAGAAUCCAGUGAAAUUCUUGGCAAAGAAGGUGUGGUCUUUCUAUUACUGUUGCCAGAGCAGUAUUACACAGAAUUUAGGGAUUUGGAAAGAUUGCCUGUUUCCAUCCCGUAUCUACUUCCGGGAACUUGGCCUGCUCAAACAGCAGGUUUACAAGCUGGAAAAUGAAUUUUACAAGCUCCAGGAAGCACUGAAGACCUCUCAGACGCUUGCCUCAGAGCAUUCCGUGUGCCAGGACGGGCACAAAACAUGUCACUUGGGGGCUCAACUUCUGGAGGAGCUUGCCCAAACUCAAACCACUAUUCGAGAAUCAGUACCCAUACUCCUGCCAGCGAAACAGCAGCCUUCAGUUCUCCCUCUUCCUCUUCCUCCUUCUCUUCCCCCUCCUCCACCUCCACCACCACCACCACCACCACCACCACCACCACCACCUCUGCCUCUUCCACUAUGCUCAGCACCUUUGUUGCUCAAAAAAGUUGAUCACAUCGAAACUCUUCAGGCUGCACCAUUAAAACAAGAUGUGCCCAUGCAGAUAAUAACUGUUAAAGACCUGCUCAAUGUGAAGUUAAAGAAGACACAGAGUUCUAAUAUUAGGAAUAAGACCUUGUCAUUGAUGAAGGAACGAAAGCCACUGGUUACAGUCUCCGAUCUUCAGAGUAUCGCCCUGAAACCUCAAUCUAAAUUUCCAUCCGCUCACAUUGCAAAUAUGAUCAUCACUCCCAGCAAAGGAUGAGUGGAUCUAAGAAGACUUCUUAAGAAAGUCGACAUAGACAGGAGUCCAGGAGGAACCCCUCUUAUCAAUAAAGAAAACAUGGAAACUGGAACAGGGUUGACCCCAAUAAUGACCAAGACCUUACGGGGAAAGUUUCAGCUCGCUCACCCGAAAAGCCCAUCCCAAGCUCCAUUACUUUCCACAAGCAGCUUUGAUGAGUAA